GAUUGAGGUGACCACUACAGUGUAUAAAGAUGCUUUGCUGUCCUUGUAUUCCUCUGAGGAAGAGGAAGAAAGUCCAGGCAGACCAAUGCUUGGAGAGGGGGCCUCGUCACUGGCUGAGGAGAUUAUUUAGAAGAAACAAGACUGGGGAUGCUGGUAUACCUGCGAUCCUGGAGCCAAGCCCUGUGUCAGGGGACGUCCCUCAGAUCUCCAGCACAGUAAAGGAGGUUCCCUGUCUGGACACCCCAGGCCCUCUAGUCACCCUAGCUACCCUUGAGUCCUCCACACUGGUCACCCCGGCCUCCCCAGAAACCCCAUCUCCCGGGGCACCCCAAGGAGAGGAGGUCCUCAGCCCGGACACCCCAAAAGGCUGUGACCCCCUGGACCAGUUAAUGGUCCAACUCGUGGAGAGGAACCGGUCCCCAUCAAGGGGCCGUAAAAAGAGGGCCAGGUCAGCCCCUGUGGCCCCAGCAAGUAGGGCCAGGACACCCCCUGUGGCCCUCCUCAUUGCCUCGGAGGCCCCAGCGAGUAGGGCCAGGACAUCCCCUGUGGCCCUCCUCAUUUCCCCGGAGGCCCCAAAGAGUAGGGCCAGGACACCCCCUGUGGCCCUCCUCAUUGCCCCGGAGGCCCCAGAGAGAAAGCCGCAUGUUCUCCCGGCCCAGCAGCUGAAGUGCAGGGGGCUGCCUAACCUCGGACAGACCUGCUAUAUCAACUCCACCCUGCAGUGUCUGUUCGCUCUGCAGCCCCUCUGCCUCCAGCUGCUCCUGCAGGAGGAGACAUGGAGGCAGGAGCCCUCAGCACUGCUCCUCAGCUCCUUUGUGGGUCUCUGGUGCCUGAGGGCAUCCACGGACAGGGAGCUGAAGGCGGCAGUGCUGAUGGAGCUGAAGGACUGCAUCGCCCUGCGCAACCAAGAAUUCAAGGGGAACUCACAGAACGACGCCCAUGAGUUCCUCUCGGAGUGUCUUCUGGGCCUCAAGGACAUUGGGCACACCCUCCAGAUGGGGGAUGUGUCCUAUCAGUGCCCAGUGGACACUCUGCUCUCCUUCCAGCUCCAGCACAUAAGAUCUUGCAGGAGCUGUGGAGUUGAGAGCAGGAGGGAGGAGAUCUCCACCUACCUCUCCCUCCAAAUGGUUGCGCAGGGCACAGUCCAAAACAGCCUGGAGCUCUACUUCAACGUACGUUACUAA